AUGGAUACGUUCCAUCUCUCAUCGCCACCAACGCCAGGAGGGGGUAGUGUGAGCGCUGCGGACAAUAACGAAAUGGAAGCAAAGGCAUUGGACGCACCUCCAGCUGGCUGGAUCAGUCCCAUAAGCUUCGACCCUGCUGUUGUUAAGCCGGAUCCGAAAAUAGGUGCCUACUUUAUGACUGAGUACGGAACUGCUGAGCUAUACGAACGUAACCUCGCCUUCGCCCAGUACAAUGACUAG